AUGGAGUGUGAAGGCGGAGGAGGAUGGAGUGUUAAGGUGGAGGGGGGAUGUGGAAUGUGUAGAUCAAGUGGGUGUCUGUCCCCAGUGUGUAGACCCAGUGGGUGUCUGUCCUCAGUCUGUAGACCCAGUGGGUGUCUGUCCUCAGUCUGUAGACCCAGUGGGUGUCUGUCCUCAGUCUGUAGACCCAGUGGGUGUCUGUCCUCAGUCUGUAGACCCAGUGGGUGUCUGUCCUCAGUCUGUAGACCCAGUGGGUGUCUGACCCCAGUGUGUAGACCCAGUGGAAGUCUGUCCCCAGUGUGUAGACCCAGUGGGUGUCUGUCCCCAGUGUGUAGACCCAGUGGGUGUCUGUCCCCAGUGUGUAGACCCAGUGGAAGUCUAUCCCCAGUGUGGUGUCUGUCUCCAGUGUGUAGACCCAGUGGAAGUCUGUCCCCAGUGUGUAGACCCAGUGGAAGUCUGUCCCCAGUGUGUAGACCCAGCGGGUGUCUAUACCCUGUGUGUAGACCCAGUGGGUGUCUGUCCCCAGUGUGUAGAUCAAGUGGGUGUCUGUCCCCAGUGUGUAGACCCAGUGGGUGUCUGUCCCCAGUCUGUAGACCCAGUGGGUGUCUGUCCUCAGUCUGUAGACCUAGCGUGUGUCUUUCCUCAGUCUGUAGACUCAGUGGGUGUCUGUCCCCAGUCUGUAGACCCAGUGGGUGUCUACCCAGUGGGUGUCUGUCCUCAGUGUGUAGACCCAGUGGGUGUCUGUCCUCAGUGUGUAGACCCAGUGGGUGUCAGUCCCCAGUGUGUAGACCCAGUGGGUGUCUGUCCCCAGUGUGUAGACCCAGCGGGUGUCUGUCCCCAGUGUGUAGACCCAGUGGGUGUCUUGUCCCCAGUGUGUAA